AUGGUACCAAUCGUUAAAUUAGAUCAACUGAAUAUCUUCUUACCUGAAUACAGAGGUAGAUUAACUGAAGGUAUAACUUACAAUCCUAAGAAUAACACUUUAUUAUGGGUCGAUAUAAUAGCAGGAGAAGUUCAUAGAGUAGUGUUGAACGAUGAACCAUUCAAGACUCAUGAAUUUCUUAAAUGGGAAUCACCAGAAGAAUCAAUUGGAGCUAUAACCUUAACUUCCGAUAAUGAUAUUAUUCUUAUUUGUGGGAAAUAUGGGGUGGCUAAGGGGAAUUUCAAAACUAGAGAUCCUAUUGAAUAUUUCUUAAAAUAUCCAUUACAAAGUAAAGAUGAAGCUUUAAGAUUAAGAUCGAAUGAUGGUAUAAUUGAUCCAUGGGGAAAUCUUUGGAUUGGAUUAAUGAAUGAUUUCAAUAUUACUACCAAGGAAGGUGUUAAACCAGAAGGCUACUUAUAUAAAAUCAAUUAUGAAGACUUAUCAAUUGAAACGAUGAUUGAUAAAACUUUAAUUUCCAAUGGUUUAGCCUUUUCUGAAGAUGGAAAGACCUUUUAUUGGACUGAUUCAUUAACUUUCACCAUUUGGAAAUUUGAUUAUGAUUAUAAGACUAAUACAUUGUCUAAUAAAUCAAGUCAUGUGGCUAUUAAGUCCGAUAUUUUCCCUGAAUUUGAAAGUCCUGAACCUGAUGGAUUAACUAUGACUAAAAAUGAAGAAAUUUAUUCAGCCGUUUUCAGUACUAAUUCAGUUAUUCAUGUUAAUAAACAAGGUGAAUUAUUAGAUAAAAUUGAAAUCCCAGCUCAAAAGUUAACAUGUGUUAUUAGUGGUGGUAAAGAUAAUGAUGAAUUAUUUAUUACAACUGGUCAUAAAGAUUUACUUGAUAAAGAUGCUAUAAUUGAUGCUAAAGAUGUUAGUGGCGAUUUAGGUGGAUUUUUGUUUAAAGUAAAACUUGAUAAAUCAAUUAAUGGGCAAACUAAAAAUAUCUGGGGUGGUAAAGUUUAA